AAGACAAUUUCAAAUUAUGGUUCCAAUAAAUAAUGGCGGAUUUGUGGUAAACAAGUGUUUGUUGUUAAACUAUUCAUUAUUUACAUUAGUGAUCCGAGCAUUUUGAACAAUUUUAAUGGUUAUUGUGUUCUAAUAAAACUCGUAAUUGUAGAAGAAGCAUCUUAAACGCUAAUAAACAUGACCAGAGAAGAUGUAGUUUUGGGAUUUGAAAUGGGAAAGUUAGAAAUUGAACCUGGCAAACCUAAUAAGGAGAGACAUCCUGAAAAUCCAUUUAUACCCAUGUAUCCAGCUAGGAGUGUGUUCACAAGAGUAGUUAAGAAAAAAUGUACAUGCAUGUCACAAAAGAGAUUUUUUAACCGGGGUGUCAGUAAGAAGAAAUACAAUAAUAACAUUCUCAAAGAGCCUGUGUUAAAAAUUCUGCAAUGUUGUGAUAAUAACGAUAUAUCAAAGAAAUGUAGUCUACCAACAGAAAAUAAUGAAACAUUGAAUAGCGACACAUUAAAUUUGUGUACAUUGGUGCAAAAUUGUAACCAGUUGAAGAUAUCUUCAGAGUCGAAUGAACCACCAACUAAAUCAACGCAUAGUGAUAGUAGCACAAAAUGGUGGCGAAAUGAUAUUGCUAAGCUAAAAGAGAAAAACCAGGCAAAACAAAGCACCCAAAAUAAUUCAUGUUGUCAGCAGGCUUUGAAUCCACCUUGUGAUGUAACAAUUGAUGAAUUAGCUAGUUAUUUCGAAACCCUGGUUCACAUACCUAAAAAAAUGUCUUCAAUGGCGGAAAUGAUGUAUAUUUAAGUAUUAUUAUCAGUCUAGAAUAAAUCUUUGAAUUUGAUGAUAAUAUUGUGUGUAAAAUGAUAAAAAUUUUGAAUAUAAAAUGC